AUGACCGGUACGCGCGCAGAUCGGAUCACCCCGCGACGCGUCCUCCUCGUUCGAUCCGCCGCCGCGACGCGCGCGCGCCGAUCGCCGACGUCGUUUUUCAAAUCGAUUCGAUCGAUCCUCCUCUCUCGCGCCAAAAACACGUCGUCGUCGUCGUCGUCCGUCGAAUCGUUCCGCCGACCGACGCGCUUCUCCCCUCCCACCCCCGCCGUGAACGCCAACAGAGAAAGACAUCAUCGACGACGUCGACUCCGAGGAAGAGGACGUCGACUCCGAGGCGGAGACGAGCGACGACGAGGAGGAGGAGGAGCCCGCCGCGAAGAAGGCCAAGGUGGAGAAGAAGAAGAAGAAGAAGAAGGCGCGUUCUACACACUGGUCCCCAUACGACCGCGUUGGCGUGGUGAACGCCGAUCCUUAAGGACUUUUCCCGGCGCAUCUCUCCGCCCACCCCUCGCUUUCAAUCCCCACCCUCGACGCCUUUCAACUCCGCUUCUGACGCCUUUCAACUCCACCCCGACGUCGCUUGGUAUGGAACGACCCGAAGAAGAAGGCCGAGGGCGGCGACGACGAGGACAGCGUGAACAGCGACGUCGUCGAGGACCUCUCCGGGGACGAGGUCGACACGUCGAACAUCAUCGAGGGCGGUCGCGCGAGCCGGCGCGGCAGGGCGACGUCGUUCGCGCAGGCGCAGUACGCGGCCGCGGACUCGGACGAGGACUCGGACGAGGAUUAAAGAGAGACUAUUUUUCAUUUUUACUACGCGGCGGCGGCGGCGGCUGGCGCGGCGGCGAGCGACGCGUCGUCGUGAACGGCCGGCGCGCGAUGCGUGGACGAGCCGUUCGAUGCAUCGCGCGACGACGACGCGCGCGACGCGAGCGCUCUCGACGUCGAGAGAAGAAGCGGGGGAGGCGACUUGGUAGCGUGCCAACUUUGUUCACAGCGCCUCGUUUUUCCUCACUGCACGCGCUUCGCGCCGGACACCUUCGCAGUAACAACUUACACUGGUUUCAGGACACGGGUUUCCCCGGCUCGGUUCAGUCCACGUGGCAAACCGCGUGUUUCGUCGACGAGACGACCAAAUUGACUCGUCGUUUCCGAGUCAUUUUCCUCGACGCGCGGCCGCGAAAAAUAUCAGGGGCGAAUCGAGAAUAUCUCUAG